AUGGGCUCCGAAAGCCGUCCCGUCUGCCACCGCUGCGCCCAGAUCAAGCAGGCGUGCGAUGGCAGCUUGCCGUGCGCGAGAUGCGUUCGCCUGAGCCUCCCCUGCCGGCCGCGCCACGCCGUCGCAGGUGUCGUCGAGCCCGAGGAUCCGCUCGUCGACAUGCCCAAGGCGCGCAUACGGAGGGUCCAGACCGGCUGCCUCAUGUGUAAGCGGCGCAAGAAGAAGUGCGACGAGACGAAGCCGCGCUGCGGCGACUGCCGACGCCUCUGUCUCGAUUGCACCUGGCCCCCGGAGCGCCACGGCCGAGCCAAGGGGGGCGCGCCGCCGCCGUCGUCGUCGUCGUCGUCGCCCCCCCCGAAGCCGGCGAAGCCGACGACAGAAGCCGACGGCUUGACGGCGCCGAGCCGGCCGCCGUCGACCAUGGAGGUGGUGAUCCGCGGCAGCCCGAGCCCUGUCUCGACGCCGUCGAGCGCGCGGCAGGGGAGCUACGACAGCGGCCGGGGCAGCAGCGUCGGCAGCCGCGCGAGCCCAAGCAGCCUCCGCCGCCACGGCGUGCACGUCCGCUACGGCAACGAGUCGGACGCGGCGCCGAGCCUGCCCGUCGCCCUCGCCAUGCCGGCCGGGCCCGCGCCGCUCGCACGCGCCCUCCCCCUCGCCCUCGGCCCGGCCGUCCCGGCCCUGGAGGGGAGCGCGGCGCCGCCCGCGGCCUGGGACGUGUCCCGCUCGCCGGCCGCCUGGGUCGACGCCGUGACGCCCGCGAGCCACGGCAGCCCGGCCUCGUCGUACGACGGCGCCCAGAUGGCGUCGCUCUCCCUCUACGUGCCCCAGCUGCUGCCGCAGAUCUCGUCGCCGCUGGACAAGGCGCUGCUCAACCACUACUCGACCAUCGUGUCGUCGAUCCUGUCGAGGCGGGCCUCGCCGAGCAACCCCUACAACAGCUACCUCCUGCCCAUGGCCCAGGGCAACGACCUCGUCCUCCACUGCAUCCUCGCCCUCUCGGCCAACCACUGGCGCAAGCUGCAGCCCGACAUGGGCGACCGCGGCCUGCUGCACAAGAGCAAGGCGACGCAGGCCCUCGCCGGCCUGCUGCCCCACGUCGACCGCACGAGCGCCGACAUCGCCCUCGUCAGCAGCCUGCUCCUCUGCAUGACGGAGCUCUUCGACGGCACGAGCGAGGGCUGGAAGCUGCACCUCAAGGGCGCCAAGCGCCUGCUCGUCGCCCUCAAGAAGCAGCGGGGCGACGUCAUGACGGGCCACUACAAGUUCUUGCUCCGCCUCGCCCGCUUCCUCGACACGGCGGCGACGACGUCGACGUGCCGCCCGCCGCUCAUGGGCGACGAGGAGGCCGAGGCGGCCGCCCUCGACCGCAUGACGGCGACGCCCGACGACGAGGACUCGGCCGUCUACGGCAUCCCCAAGGAGCUCUUCCACCUCAUCGACCGCGUCAACACGCUCGCCGACCUCCGGAGCACGCGCGUCGACCGCGCCUCGGAGGCGGCCUUUCGCGCGCACGCGCGCGACAUUGAGGAGCGCAUCGACCGCUGGUCGUGCGACUUCGCCGCCGCCUCGGCCGCCGACUUGAGCGCGACGCCGCCGGCCGACGACGACGUCGCCCACGCCGCCACGGCCUUUGAGCACUCGAUCCGCCUGCGCCUGCACCAGAUCGUCGAGGGCUACGAGCUCACCGACCCCAAGGUCGGCCGGCACGUCGAAGGCAUCCUCGACUGCGUGCAGAGCAUACGCUACGGCAGCCCGCUCGAGACGUGCCUCCUCUUCCCCCUCGUCAUGGCCGGCGGUGCCUGCUGGAAGAUUGAGCACCGCGUCGUGAUCCAGGAUCGCCUGCUCGUCAUGGAGCGGACCUGCGGCUUCGGCUACGUCUACAACGCGCGGGACCUCGUCGAGCGCGUGUGGGCGAGCCGAGACCAGGCGGAAGGGACGGGUGCCGUCGUGAACUGGGCGCGGAUCCGGUACUACGAGAUGAACGGCCUCGUCGUCUUCUGA